AUGGACACAAAGAUGCAAUGCCUUCACUGCUCGCAAGAGUUUACCGACCAGCUACAACUAGCCGCCCACUAUCGCGGACACGAAGCCAUCCAACGCCGCCGACAGCCAACGCGGAUAUACGGAUUACAGUACGUCAAAAACAAAAAUGACCCAGGACAGGCGGCUGUCCAAAUGGCACCGAGCGUGGAAGACCAGCAGCAGCCCGCGGUAACACCGACUAAACCUGCUGCUACUCUGAGUUCAGCCUCCGCUCCUGUUGAGAAUGCUGCCCAGUCAGACGCACGCCAGCGUGUGACGGCAAUUAGCCAUGUAAUGACACAGGAGAAUAGCCUGCUGAUGUUUCGUCGCUUUUCCGAACUCAAUAUUCGGAAUCUCCUUGUGAUGCAGAAGGAGCUGGCGCGAUUGGACGGGCGGGUCAAGGAAGCGAUUCGUUCUGGUGAUGACACUGAACCAUUGGAGUUUCAGAUAUCUGAAAAGCUACACAAAUACAAUAAAACGCUUCUCGCCCUGUCGCAGCUCCAGAAAUUCAGCGCCCCAGAAGACCAUUUUGUGAAGUCGCUACGUGACUGGGCCGACGAUUCCAAUCUGCUUUCGACACCAGAAUGUGAUUUCCUGGCGGAUGUGGCUGAUGUUCGCGACGAUCUGCUCGCCCUGAACCCCAAUACCGAACGGAAAGCCUGGGUGUACCGGACAGUCGAGGCCCUAGUUUGGAGAUUUGUCGCCAGAAAGCCAAACGGAGGCAAGGCUGUCCAAUUCCCCCACGGAGGCGUGCUGUACACCUACGACGACGAUAUGGUGGCUGCGAUGGUGCGGCUAAUUCUUACGCUUGUAACUUCGGUCAUGUUAAUCAUCCCAAUUAUCAUCCUGUAUUUCGUCAAGGGUGGUCCGAAUCCCCUCAUUAUCGUGACCAUCUGCACCUUGGCAGUGGCUGUGACGAUUGCUAUGACCACGGACUGUAAAAACCAUGAGAUUCUCAUGGCGGCUGCUGCAUACGGCGCCGUUAUGAUUGUUUACCUGGAGAAGUGA